GUUCUACCUUUGGGGCUCCUCUUCUGCAUGAAGGUGUAAAGGGAGAUUUUCCCUCUUUCCUCCCUCAAACUGAACACAUAUGUAAAUCCUUGUUUUUUCCUCAUGAGGCAGAGGAGGCCAUAGCCACAAUGCUUAACUGCAUGCGUCUGACCUGGGGCUGGUUUUAACCCCAGUGCUCUGACCUAAACUGCUCAGCGCCCGGAAAUUCCAAGGAACCUGGUGGCCUUAAGUCCUUCAGGUGGAACAGUGUGCGACAUGGGAAAGAAAACCAAGCGGACAGCUGACAGUUCUUCUUCAGAGGAUGAGGAGGAGUACGUGGUGGAGAAGGUGCUAGACAGGCGUGUGGUUAAGGGGCAAGUGGAAUAUCUACUGAAGUGGAAAGGCUUUUCUGAGGAGCACAAUACUUGGGAACCUGAGAAAAAUUUGGAUUGCCCUGAGCUAAUUUCUGAGUUUAUGAAAAAAUAUAAGAAGAUGAAGGAGGGUGAAAAUAACAAACCAAGAGAGAAGUCAGAAAGUAACAAGAGGAAAUCCAAUUUCUCCAACAGUGCUGAUGAUAUCAAAUCCAAAAAAAAGAGAGAGCAGAGCAAUGAUAUCGCCCGGGGCUUUGAGAGAGGACUGGAACCAGAAAAGAUCAUUGGGGCGACAGAUUCCUGUGGUGACUUAAUGUUCCUAAUGAAAUGGAAAGACACAGAUGAAGCAGACCUGGUUCUUGCAAAAGAAGCUAAUGUAAAAUGUCCCCAGAUUGUGAUAGCAUUUUAUGAAGAGAGACUGACGUGGCAUGCAUAUCCUGAGGAUGCGGAAAACAAAGAGAAAGAAACAGCAAAGAGCUAAAGGAGGGAGUGGUCUCUGUCAUUUCUCUUUGUACAUAAUACAUUCACCUCCCUGCCUCCUCUCCCUUCUACUCACCCUCUUCUAUCCUAAACACAUCCAUAAAAAAUGUGCUUAUCACUGUGCUCCACAGGAGAAGUGUUGGUAUUGGUUCUCUUGUAACAUAACUGAUGGUCUCAUUCAUAAGUGUCUCUCUGUGAAGACCAGGCAUUUACAUACUGUGUAUAGUUCCCACAAUUUUUUCCUUUGCCCUGAUCUUUCUGUUCUGUUUCUUUCUGACGUCAAGAUAAGUUUUAACUUUAUAAUCACCUUAGAGUUUCGAUCUUCUCAGAGUUGGUUGCUUUUUAGAUUGGGGGAUUUUGUUACAGUGGUGAUAAAUUUUGGUUUCUUACUUUGGUUUUUUAGAACAUGUUGAUGACCAGCUAGCCUUUGUUUUGAGAUGUUGGUAAGGAAAAGAUGUUGCCCAUCUUUUUAAAAAACCAAUAGCAACUGCCUACCUGUUGGGGCUUUCCCAACCCUCAUUCAGCUCUAUCCAGGAGAAUACAGGGUUCCUGGUGUGGUCUUCAGAGCCACCCUCUGUUAUUCAUCCUCACCCAUCCUCCCAAAGUAGCUCUAUCCUUUGGAGGACUUGAAAUUUUACAUUCAAAUUUGUCAGGGCAAAUUUAGCCCUAGGGCUUUUGGCCUUGUUUCUUAGCAGUCUCUGGUUCUGCUUCUACAAGGUGGUGUAAUCUGUCAUAAAAUUACAAGAUUAUUAACUGUGUAGAUUUUUAGCUAUUAGUACAUGAGGAUGAUGGGGUAGGAUACAGUUGUCAUCACAUAUGGUAUGUAUGUAUUAUUUGCUUCCAUCCCUCACAUUUGGACUAUAUAUUUAUGUAGGUGUGAGUGACUGCCUGGUGCUUGCUUGUGCCAAGGUGCUAGGCACCCUCCAACCCUGCCAACUUUUGUGGCCUCCCAAAGCAUUCCUGUUACCAAAGAGGCUUCAAACCUGACCCUCACUUCUCAGUGAACCCGAGUUUCCCCUCCAUGCCAUUAUUUUCAGUGGGGAAUUCUUGGAGCCAUUGGCCACAAUAUCGAUUUUAAAUAUUAAUAGCAUUUAUAGUCAUAAAUUUCCUGCUUUUUUGACUCUGGAUUUGCCACUAAGAGACCCCGAGGUAUUAAUGCUCUUUCCUAUUUCCAUCCUCAAACUCGUAGUUGUAUCUUACUUUUAAAAAUGCAUUUCUGUGGAAGACUAUCACUUCAAGAGAGUGACAGGCCCUGGCAUUAGUGUGUCAACACAACCAUCUCUCCCUACUCAGCAAAAUACUUCCCUUUGGCUGCCUCCCACUUUGCCUUUACACUGAGAUAGUUUUUCCGAUCAUAUCCUUCUGCCUUUGUACCCCAAGAAAUGCCCUACAGAAAUACCCUUUUUUUUUGUAGUUAAUGGGGGUCUAGAGAACCAAGACUAAAAGUAAGGAAACAGCAGGGUUUUGAGCAUCCUUUUCCCAGGCCAGGGCUGAGGAAAUAAGAAUAAAUGCUUGAAGUAGCCUUAACUCUGGGGUUCACUGGCCAUUGAGGUGGUUCUUGUUGCUUUUGAUUUUUAAAACACAGCUUUCUGGCCAGUGGCGUUGAACCAUUUCUGGAUUAUUCAGAGUAAUGAGAAUGGAUGGAUUGCUCUAGUCCACAGUUGAGCCAAAUAAUAUGCAAAUCAUAUACCCAUUCAUAGCAUUUGUUAACAUUGCUUCCCUGCUCAGCUACUGAUUGAAUUCUGUGUGCUUGUAUAAAUUAUGUCAGGAUGUAUACUGCACACUUCAGGAGACAGCUGUUGCCGCAGGGAUGUGACAGACUGGAACAAUGAAGCUUUUGGUUUAAGGCAUCCGGGAAAAUCCUAAAUAGUAAUGCUAUUGGGUGAAACUCAUAACCCAUACCUCAAGUGGGUAGGAGUUUUAGCUCCAUCUUCGCUUACUCUCUGAAGGAAUUAAAGGCCUAGAUAAGUGCUAGGUUAUUGAGAAUUGUUAGUACUUAAUCUGAUAGGUAGAUAUCUAACAGAAAGAAAGAAUGGUCAGAAAACAGAUUUGUCAUACAAGUAACUGAGGAUGUCAAUUAGGAUAGACAAGAAUAGGACAGAAGUAGGCCAGAGCCCUGAGGAAGUGAUUUGGGUCUUUCAGUUUGCAAAUGGAGAAAUAAUAGCUUAUCCGUGUAGCUGGUGUGUUAUCUCAUAGGGACAGUGGGCAUGGAAACUACAGUGACCAUAUUUUUUAAACCAAAAUCUAACACGUGGGCAAAGACUACAACAAUUAUUUCUUACUGAGAUUGGUCCUGAGAAACUUAAGGCACAUGGUUGCAUUGGUUAUAGGUAAUACUUGAGAUAUUUGUUGAUAGCUGAUUUUCUUUUAACGAAAUAACCACAGUAUCAACUACUGUUCAUAGCUUAUUCUUACUCAUACCCCCUUAGUACCUUACUCUUUACUCCAUUCAUCUUUUUCUGUCCACAGUUUGUUGAUCAUAGUCUUGUACUGAGUGCUGCCAACACAACUUUUGUUCUGUCCUGCCUACCGACAGCUGCUCCUAUAGAAAUGUAGGUAGCCAGAAGCCAAUACUGAUUUCAGCCUUCAGCAGAAUGGCAACCAGGUGCCUGCCUGUGCCUCUGGCAUUUGUGCUAAGUAGCUCUUCUGCCCCGUGGAGAAGUGCAACCUCAAACAGAACCUGUUUCCUUAGGGCUUUCUCCUAACAGAAGAAUUUAUAUAGCAUUGGGCCAAGCACUCCUUAAAACAUCUACGUCUCAAGUGCUCAAAGUAUAUUUUUCCUGUGUUUAGUCCUCUUCCAAGACAUCUUUCUAAUGCGAAGUUUUUCUGGUAAUCAGCAUUCAGGAAUCGCCCUUUCCACAGAAUGUAGCAGAACCUCGUCCAGCAGAGUCUAUCAAGGUCAAUGUAGCUGCAUUUCUGAGCCCUGGGCUGGGCCGAUGCCCUCGUGUUAAGAUCAGCUGUUAGGAAAGUCAGCUCUGAUGGAAGCACUCAUUUUUAACCCAGAGAAAGCUGUGUCAUUUUUCCUGCUACAAUCCAGUUUUUGGGCAAGGGAGCAAAACCUGUGUGCUUCUUAAGGUUCAGAGGUCUAGAUGGUCCUUGGCUGUCCCCCAGCCAUAUCGAGUACUACCUUUUGUUGAUGGAAGGUUGGUCUUGUUCCCAUAGCUUGGGCAGUCAGGUUGUUACUAACUCUUUCCAUCCCUGUUCUGUAACCACAGUGUUGUGGGCAAUCCGUUUUCCUUAUAUUCAGGCCAAGUCCUAGGGCCUUGGCAAAGAUGCUUGGGAUUUUAAUAUUGUGAUUUUGUUGGAUCUGUGUUUAGCCCAGCAUUCCUAAGGUACAGUGAGGGAUCAAGUAGGAUCUGCGUUUGAGCUGGGGAGCAAUUGACUUUGCCCUGAGGGUUCAAAUUUGAGAACUUAAAAUACUACUUUGCAACGCCAUGAGAACCCCAGGAAGGGUUAUGGCAUUAGAUAAGGAAAUGUAGAGUUUCUCUCAAAUGAGGUCCAAGAAAAAUUCAUUUUGCACCUGUCACUCCCAUCCUCUUGGUUUAGAUUUUUAGAAUAAAUACGGUGUUGAGGUCUGUACCUUUGCGAUCAGACCACCAAGCAAGCAUACCUGUGGCAAGGCAGAGAGAGGAAAGGUCUAAAUCCAGUGUGUUCCAGUUAUGUUUUCAUAAAUAGGUUAUCAGCCUUACACCCAACAGCAUGCUCAGAAUUGGGUGCCCCUGCCCCCCACCCAAUUAAUAACAGUAGAUUUGUAUUGAGUAGUCCAUAUUCUAACCACAUUAGUGUAUGUCAACAUUCAUUUCAUUCAGCAAACAUUUUUUGGCCCUGGGGAUACAAAGUUCAAAACUGCAGUUCCCUGACCUCAAAGAACUUUUCAUACUGGUGUGGGAUGAACUGAACAUUGUUGUGUGUAAUAAAGGUUAUAAAUGGGCACACGUUUCUGAUUUUGUGGCAGAGACAGCUAGUUGUUGUAGUUUGUAGCUCUAAAGUAGAAGGAUGACAGUUGGUUCAUAUGUGGAAAAGACUUAGGAUCUUGAAUGAGCUGAGCUAACUGGCCAUAGUUAGACCACAAUGACUAGGGCUUGUUUUAUUCCAGAAAAUAAAGAUAACUAUUAUCUAAAAGGUUUGUUAGAUAAGCUGCUGUUAGAACUGAGAGAAAACAGUAAGUGGGGAUUGAGAGACUCUUUUUAUGGUCCCUAUUUUAGGCCCAUUGCCAAAGGGUAUAAUUGUAUAGUUUUAGUCCUUGCUUGUGUAAAGUAUUAAUUAUAUUGUAGGUCCAGUUAUAUGUUGUUACCUUGUUGAGGGUUCUGUAACAUUUAUUUCUCCUGGACAUUUUAUCACAGUUAUUCACACGAUUUUCACUUUCUCAUCCUGUUUGGAGGAAUUAACAUGAGGUUGGCUUUAAGCCUAAAAUAGGGACAUAAUUCCAAUGACAAAAAUGCUGAAAAAAAGGCUUGGGGCACAUCUAUUAACAACUGGGCAUCUACUCUGGGCGAUGUAGUUACAUUCAACAUGGAAAGAUGGUGAUUUCUAAGCAGAGACUUGUGUCAGUUAUGUGAAAACCUCUCCCAAAAUACACACAGCCUGGAGUUUGAUUUUUAAUCUAAGAAGGGUUGGGGUGAGGAGUAGGCCUGUUAAGGAACAGUCUGAUCCUAAGAAAUGUUUCAGUUCUGACCAUGUGACCGCAAGAAAAAGAUACUUUUCUCUGCCUGGAUAAUUGGCGUUGCUUAGCUUUGAAAGUCAGAAUUCCCAGGAAUUAGAACAACGGUUCUGAAUAACUAAAGUGGAGGUCCUUUGGAUAGCUUCAUGAAGACAUUUACAGUUUUCUUUUUGUUUGUGCUGGAUUUACUGAAUUUUAAGCUACCUCAUCUUGUCUUUUUAGAGUUACUUCAGCUUGUUAUUGCCUCUCUAACAUCAGGUUUGACUUUGGUGGUUUUCUAAGGUGGAAUUUGUGCUGUUUACACGGGCACAGUGAUGCCUUGCCUUUUCUCCUGAUCCUUAUUUCACCUAGUAUCUCAUGUUGCUCCUCCGUCAGAGAAGUUUUUAAAAAUACUUUAAAAUAUUUGUUCAUGGAGAGAAAGUGAUCCUCCCAUGCUAUUUGUCUUUGAGAUCAGUAAGAGAAAGAGUUAAACGAAGGUUGGGGCGAGGGGUGCAGAACCUGCACUGAAGGCAGCCGACAAGGAAGAGCCAUUAAUUAAGACAAUUUCAAAGUCAACUGAUUGUGAUCAUUAAUGUCACAAUAGAUCAAAACCUAAUUAUCACAGCCUAGGUAAGAGCCAUCAGUAUUAAUCGGAAAAUCUAAUAGGAAACUAUUAUCAAGAAAUUAGACUAAAUUGAAUGCAGUGAACUUUUUAUCUUGCCAUUCUGGUUUGUGUGUGUGUGGGCAUGUGUAUGCGCAAAAUGUCCCCUGGCAUUGGCAGGUGUGACCCUCAAAGUUGGUCCAGGGGCCAGUUCAUCACACUUUUUGAGGAAUUCUAAACAGACUGAACCUGAACUGUCAUUGCCACUUUAAUCAGUCUUGAAACUAUCAUCACCUGGACUUGUCCAGUGUGAUAAGCAAUCAGUGAAAAAAGGUUUAUAUUUAGGUCUUGGAAUGGUUAGUCUCCUGGAACUAAAGUAUAUCUGGUGAGCAUUAAACUUGAUAAAUCACUUUUUGAGCUUCUGAUGUAUAUAGAGUCCUGCUCUGGCUACUGUGAGGGGGUAAUGGAAGAAAGGAGGGGUUUCUGCCUGGUGGUUCUUUGAGAAGCCUGAGAAGGUAGAGCUUAAUUGGGUCACUGCACUCUUAAGGCUUGUCAGUGUUUUACAGUUUCCGGUAGCUUUAGUAUCUGAUUUGAAACAAGGGCUGGCUGUGGACUUAUUUUUUCCCCCUAAUUUUAGGAUAAAGGUCAUCAUUUUACCAGAAUCCAGUUGUAAAUUCAAAGGAGAGGGAAAAAUGUUUUUUCUUCUGCCUUUUCUUUUGUUAAAUAGUUAAGGAGGAAAGAAUAUUACAGUCUUAUGACAAGUUAUAGGGAAUACUUCAUACCCUCUUCCUGAAUGGAAAAGUAGGGGUUACUGUUUAUAUCCUUAAUCUUGAGCUGAUUUUGAAAAUGAUGUAACUCCUGAAGUUGAGCUGAGGCAGGAAGAUUGGAGAGAUCACCCUCUGAGUGUUGUGGGGAGAGAGAAGUAGCGGCAGGAGGGUGUUUGGUGGGUGGUAGGAUUCUUAGAUUCCUCGCUUAGCCUGUGGAGUGCUCGCCUUCCCCCACCACCUUGCAGCUCAAAGCACUGCCAAGACCACCACCCAGUGGGGAAAUGGUUCUUCUGAAUGUGGUCUUGUUUCUGGAUUUUAGGAAUGUGAGUUACUCAGUAAAGAACUUCGGGAAAUUAGUGUGAUGUAGUUAGUCCUUCAUCUGUUAGGAUAAAGUGAUAUUUCUUUACAAAAGAAUAUUAUGCCUUUAAUGUUUAAAAUGAAGUUUUCUGUUCAAACAUGCAUUGACACAAGACUUUCAGAAAGAGUUUGUUUCUCUAAUGUUCCUCACGUUAUGGUAGAUAAAUAAUAGGCCCUCAGGUAAUGCUUGCGGGUUGAUUGAAUUUGUCUGGUUUACAGAGUGAGUUGUACCUACUGACUUCAUUUUGUUCCCAAGUGCACUCUUAAGUUUAAAUGCUCGAGGGAGUAGAAGAAGAAUUGAGUGGAUGCUGACUCUAUAUGCCAACCUCCUCCACUGAUUCCAUAGUGGCUGACCUUGGGCAAGUCACUCCUUUCAAUGCCUCAGUUCCCCAUCUGUCAAAUGGGGGUAAUAAUACUGACCUACCUCACGGGGUGUUGUGAGGCAUUGUAAAUCAAACUCGUAGAAUACUUUAGAGUCCUCGAUGGGGGACACCUUGAGCCGAAGGUGAGGCCUGACAUAGGCCUUAGUCCUCACUGAGCUGUCCUGAGGUUGGAACUACUUAGUGAUCUCGGCAAGUUCUGCCCCCCACCCCUCAUCAAAGCUGCUAGUUCAGAUGUUGACAGUGUUUUUGUAAAUGUUGGAGUUUUAUUAGUCCAGACUUAACUUUGGAUGUUCUGGAGGAAGGCACUUGGUGUUUACUGUGUUGCAUCCACAAACAGAGGUGGUUUAAAACUCAAGAGCAUUGGAUUAGGGAACUACGAAGCCAGAAUGCUACUAUUUGUUUCUCUCUUGCAGGUUGGUAGUUGAGGUCCCAUUUCCCAUGUGAGUUGGGCCAUCACAGGAGCAAAGCAAACACAGUGGGUUUACUUUAUAUUGUUGCUUAUCAUUCUGCUAACUAAUCCAGGACAGCCGAGUCUCUGCAGCCCUUGCCUCCCCAUGGGAACCAGCUGGUUCAAUAAAUGUAUCUGCUUCCUCUGUCCAUCACCAGAGAAGAGCCACAUUAGAAAAAAAAUUUCUAGGAAUAUGUUUAACACUCAAAAUUGGGCAUUGAUGCUCCUUAAAGCUUCAUCUAAUUCACCGCAUUCAGUGUCUGUCAUUUCUUUCUUAGUGUCCACAGCCUGAACCUGACUUUGACCUUUUUUCCCUCCGGUUUGGGAAAACUUCGGACACGUUGUAUUUGCCCAGGUGUGGGCUCAAGAGCCUUACUCUUCAUCUCAGUUUAGGGACUCAGCCAGCUCCUCUUCCCAAUAAGGCUCUUUCUCCUUUCCCUCUCCUUGGCCCUAAAUGUGUAACCCAUGAGAAAGCACAAGGCCCUGGCCCUUUACUGCAGUCACAUUCUGGUUCUCUCUUCUGUGGACUCUGCUCUGUUCACCCAGCGCUGGCAGUGCCAGGUGGGUCUGGAGUUGGGGAGGAUGGAGAGAGCACGUAUGCUGACAAGCUGCCAAAUAGCCAGGAGUUCAUUCACCCAUGACCCACCGGCCUGACCUCCCUUCCCCAGGAUGGGAUCUAAGAGACUCAAGAGGCUGGGUUUCUUUCAGCUCUCUACCAUCCUGAGUAGCAAGCAAAUUACACUUUGUUGCCAGAUUUCUGAUUGGAAAAGUAGGAAAUUGAAUUCUCUAUGGACCUUCUUGGUUUGUGGGGAGUUUUGGUUGUGUUUCUUGGUUUUAGUUAAGCCAGACAUGUCUGCUUUUUAUUUUUUUAUUGUUUUAGGGUAAGUGGUAUAUAUAUAUAUGUUCACCUUUUAAAUGUAAAUGUUUAAAAGUAGGCAAUUUGUGUGUUUCUACAACUGACAUCUGUUGCAGACCUCAUUCUCUCCUCUUCCACCCUCCUCUUUUCCCUCUUUUCAUACUCUUGUAUUGGUUCUAAUAAAUGGUUGCUUUUCAAAUAUG